CGUUUUUACUUUGUUUGCGACGCGUAUCUCCUGCCGUCGUGAUGUAAACAAGGUGCACAUUCGUCCGAUUCCCCGGAUUCUCAGUGUGCACUGCCAUGGGAAAAGGGAUGGUGGAUUCACCGAGGUGCAUAAGAGUGGACCCAGAAGUUCCGUAAUGACUGCUGGGUCCGGUUUGCACGGGGGUCGAGCUUUCCCUGUGUGCGCACUCGCACUAACUUCGUUCGUCGUACCCACUUUGAUCCUGCUACUGUCAAUCGCUGGGAGGGUUUCUUUUGACUCCUUCGAAGCUUGGGCAUGGCUAGGACAGCUGCGGCCGCUCGAUGUUUGCGCGCCUCACAGUCAUCUCGACGAAGUUCUGUCGCUGGCUGGGCUGCGCUCUGCCCUUGCGUACGACGCGUCGAACGUCACCAUAAUCUGUAGUUUCCGUCCUAUUGAUCUUGGGAGCCUUACCAAAGAUUUCAGCGAAGGAAUUUUCGACCGAGACAGUAACCUGCGGUGCCUGCAGUCUUGGGACAAGCCUUACCACAAGGAGAAAAGCUUUCCCCUGUACCUGUUCGGUGCAUUCCUGCCACCUCCUGGCCAUGCGGCUGGAAAGCCGUGGUGGCUGAUUGAAUCCUCCGGUUUCGAGCACGACGGAAGAAUUGAAAGUGCACUGUACAGAUCCCGACCUGGACGCUCGUCCGCCGAAGUAUUGUUCCACGGCCUGUUUGGCAUGUUCCACCCAAACACGUUUCUUUACACAAGAGCGUCGCCCGUGGGAACGGCUGCUGUGGUUGCUCGUAGGGGAAAUGGAACUCUCGAUGUUUUGUUCAGAUCCCACGUGGAGUUUCAGCUGAACGAGCCGCCCAGACGGCCCUUUUGGUUUUCACCCAGUCAGUUCAGCGGAAGAAUCGUGCUGAGCGAGGACGGCUCGGCGGUGCACCACUUCAACGUGCACGUCCCUGCCGAACGGCGCCUCAACGUCGAUUUGGAGUGGCUAACUGGCUCGCAACACGACGGAGACGAGGAAUCUAUGGAGGUAGACAUCGGUCACAUUCCCGAGAUGGCACUGCACUUUGUCGGGGGCGAGACACCUUCCAACGUCACGUGGAGCUAUGAGAUGUCAACGAAGGAGGCCCGACAAGCGCUCGAUCGAAUGUUCUUCCCAUUCCUUAAUGUGCCUUACCACAACCUGACCACAGCAGCUGCACUAGCACGGCAGGAGAGGAAGAUGGUCCACUCGGUCGUGCUGUGGGGCAACUUGGAUGACCAGUCAUGCUGAGGCAGUGGGAGGACCCUGCGCAGGGGUCCUUUGGGCUCACCAAAGGUGCAGGAGCUGCUGCUGAAGCACUUCAUCAGCAUGUGGAGCAUCACGGCACAAUUGAAGGCAAGAAGGCGCCGUCAUCAGUGUAGUCCCCAAACGCCAGCCUAGGGAAAUCAAUGCUUUGGACGUUGAAGACACUGUAAAGAAGAUGGCUACAGCCUGCCUUGGACAAUACCGCUUUCCGGUCCAGAUCGUCUGCCUUCUUCCUGACGCCACCAUUGUAAACGGCAUAAACGCAAAUGACAUCCUUGAUAUCGACACCGUGGACGAGGAUGAAUUUGUUGGGUUUAGUGACCCACUCGACAUGAGGUACCACCAGUUUCUGGUUUCCUGCAUCGAAAUGGCAGACAAGGUUCACAACUUCAACAAGCCGCCGGUGCCUAGGAGUGAGCUGUAGGACAUUUUUGUUUGGGCCCAAACCCAAACUCGCUCUCCAACUGGAGAGUGAGUUGAAGCUACAAGGGCUCCAUUUUUCCUGUACUGGCGGGGCGUGCUAUAGAGUCCCCCUGGCAGUUUCAAACCGGUCUCGCAAAGAUGAGAUGGAGACCAGCAACCUAAACCCUUUUUCCUAUACUAUCUCCAUAUCAUUCUGCCGGCUUGCAAAGCCUUUCUUCAGCAGACGGCACAUGGCUGCCUGCUGAAGAAUGAAUCGCCAAUUGAAAGGUCACCAUUUGAAAAAUGUUUAAGCGACUUCCUGCAAUCCUCUUAAUUACUCUCACAGCCUUAUAAACAGCGCAGUAGGUGGCACUGGUGUCUUGUCCGACGGUCAUCUUGUGUACAAGAUGAAGUCGAUCAAAUGGGCAAGGCUUGAAACUUGUCACAGUAAUCGCGAGGGCUGGUGGCGCGGGAUAAGGUUAUUGCCCAAAGUCACUGGAAAUGAAAACAAUUUGAAGAAGAUGCAGCUCCACUCGGAGUAAAGCGUCCAAGAAUGUAAAUAGGUUAUAUUGAAGUGGUUGUUUGAAAUGAAUGGAUGUCAUGGUUCGUUAACCCUAUGAGCGCCAAGAUUUCUUUUUUCCUGCACGUCGAACACAAAUUUUUGGUCCCAUGCAGAAAAACUUUAGCAGGUCUUAUGAAGUAUAUAUAUUUAUCAAAGACACACUGAUCUAUGGGCUUGAAAGUUAAUUGAUGUCUGCAUGCCUCCGACCUAAAAUAUUUUUCUCAAAUUAUACUGUUUUGAGACGGUAAUAUGAAAAGUGGCACCCCGACUUUGCACCCUGGGGUCACUUUAUUUAAGUGGCCUUAAACAACAUUUUUUUUUAUAUAUACAGAAGUAAGAUUUUCUUAUUUAUUUUAUUUACUUAUUUCUAGAUUUCUGUGGUCACCAUAAAGCUCGAGGUUGGGCGGCAUAGUAUUGGCCUUCUGGAACAACGAAGGAACAAACCUAGGCAGAAGUCUCCUAAACAAGACUUUCUGCAUGCCAUCAACGGGCAUUAGUACAUGACAACUAUCCUCUACGCGUAGAAAUAAAAUCGAUAGCCCAGUUGGGAGAGGUAGGUAGCAAAUCGAAACAAAACCCUGCAUGGCAGUGUGCCGGUACUCAAAGUGUUAAUGGUAAAUGUGAAGGUGCUCUCGUCUCUAAAUCCUUUUAUUCGAGAAUAUAUCAUCCUGCCCCCGAGUCUCUCAACCAUAUUUAAAUAUUUCAUGCCACUUCUGAAGCGGACAAUCGGUGAUGCAACUUGUUUGCCCCAUAACGAACAGCCAUAUGAACACAAUCAAUCAAAAGGGUUUGGCGUGAAGUCUAGUAAAACCUCCAAAUCAUUCUUGCAGCUUCACUCCCGCCGUAUGGCGGCUUGCUGCACGCCGAACAAGCAAUCAAAGUUUUUUACAAUUUACAAAGCAGUUUUAUUGCCUUUGAUAGAAAUGCGGAAUUUAUAGCAAAGCCGAGUUCAUGAGGCCUUUUUUGGAGGAAGGGGGGGGAGUCCCUUUUUAGGUCUCUCUUAGGACUGCCGAUUUUGGUGUCUUUUUUUUUUGUCUGGAUUACUCUUGAGCUAAUCAAGUACAGAGACAAAACAGUCUGUGCGGCGCGAGCAUUUAGCAGCCUCUGGUGCCUUCCUGUAGCCGUCUUAGAAAUAAAUUUGCUAUAUUUCUUUGCAGUAAUGCAUUGAAAAUGAAAGCUUACUCAAACUAUAUGGUGAUAUUUUGUGUGUCUGGAGAAAAAUUGUAAUUCUGGGCAAUUGUAGGUAGGUUAUGGUACAACCAGAAGUGUUAGAAAUUUAUUCUCGGAUCUGUUUCCUCUCAAUCGAACACUGUUACGGGAACCCUUGCUGUACUUCUAUCAGAGCUGAAAGAAACGUGCAACUACCGCAGCUAGUGAGCAGAAAAUCUAAAGUGCCUUUUGCACGUCUACAUGGAUAGCACCUUCCAAAGUGUGUUGUGUUUAGUUGUUUGGCAGGUGUGGAAGGCAUCCAACUGAUGUAGUAAAGUGACGACGUAACCUUAUGCACCACUCAAAGGUAAGAGUGAAAGAGCCCUAUCUGAUAAGGCUAGAUUUUAUGCUCUGUAUGCUUUGAAACCCGGUGUGAACACCAAAUGGUGAUUACUUUCAUUGGUGGAUUUUUCUCGAUGUGUGCCAACCUUUUAGUAAAACUAGAGGUUUAAUGACUCUGUGCCAGAUCUGUUGCAUCAUUGCUGUGCGAAGUAUUCUGCUCCUCACGAUCGAAAGCAUCGAAAGCGUAUGAAUUUUCGUUUUAUGAAGCCGCUUUUUAAAACUAUUUACCAUAGAAGGAAGUGGUGGAUGCGCGGAAAUUUUAAGUUGCUUUCGUGCAUAUUUUUAUAAUAAAAGUUUAUACAAUGUCA